CGUCCAGUAACUUAUUUUCAUAUCAAAAAUAAACAUAUUAUUGUUUAUCAAUCAUAAAUGGAUAAAUUAUAUUUUGAAAGGAUGCCUAUAAAAGGCACAGCUCGUAUUGAAGCCAAUUUAAGUAUAAUAGUGGCUUUUGUAAAAGCUUUGCUGUUAAAUUGUUAAUAAUUAUUAGAUAGUAAUUAAAUUUUACGUUUUUUUUUGGUUAAUCUUGUGUAUUCCGGGAAUUAUAAACUAUAUAAGUACGUGAAAAUGCCGCCAAAUUCCGAAACAAUACCUCCGUCAAGUUUGGGGAUGAAACCUCCACCACGGCGGCAGAAACUCCAAACUGUUGAUAUGUGGCUGGAAGAUAAAAGAGAAACAGACGGGGCAGAAGGUCUAUGGAGGGUAGGAGAUAGUCUUUAUGACUUAAAUGAGUUUAUUCGAAAACACCCGGGAGGACCAGAAUGGCUAGAAUUAAGCAAGGGGCUGGACAUUACAGAAGCCUUUGAAGUCCAUCAUAUCUCAAAGGAUCCGAGAGAUAUACUAGAAAAAUACUUCGUUCGAAAAGCAAAAGUUAAGCGGAAUGCCCCGUUUACAUUCAAAGAUGACGGAUUCUACAGGACUCUAAAAAAAGAAAUAGCAAAAGUGCUGCCAACUUUACCCAAACAAUCGGCAAGGACGUCCAACUUCCUAAUCGACUCAUUUUUGGUAGCCCUGUUUUUUCUUUCAAUUUUCGCCGUCAAAUACUGGAACUUCCUGUUUGCGGUUCUGGCAGGAAACUUUCUGGCAUUUCUAACCAUAGCCGCCCAUAACUAUUUCCAUAGGAAGGACAAUUUUAGGAUGUACUAUUUUAACUUUUCGCUAAUGCAAGUUAGGGAAUGGAGAAUCAGUCACGUUUUAAGUCAUCAUCUCCACACCAAUACCAUAGACGAUUAUGAAAUAUCUUCCUGGCAACCCCUUUUGCAGUAUCUACCCGUAGAAAAUAAACCAUUAUAUGGAUAUGGACAAUGGUUAAUAGCACCAUUAAUAUGGAUAUCUGGUUUUCAUAGAGCUCUCCUUACAAGGUUAUUAGAGUAUAUUCAUGGAAGAAAAGGCAUCAUGAACUCCAAAGAUUUGAUUCCAUUUAUUUUACCGUUGGCAAUGUAUGCUUUUGGGGGCCAAUCGUUGUUUUGGACUUUUGUCAUGUGGAACAUAAUCAUUUUUGCUGGAAGUACGCAUUUCUUUUUUGUUGGACUUCACGCCGCACAUCACCAUCCUGAAAUUUUCCAUGAUGGAGACCAACCAAGAUCUGCAGAAGACUAUGACUGGGGAUUCAGUCAACUGGACGCUAUAAUGGACAGAAAAGAAAUUACUGGCUCUCAUUUCCUGGUUCUUACCAACUUCGGUGAUCACGCCUUACACCAUAUGUUCCCUACAUUGGACCACGGCACCUUAGAAUUGCUUUACCCAGUUUUCCACAGAGUGAUGAAAGAAUUCGACACAAAUUUGAGGAUGGUAUCCCAAUUGGAUACUAUAUACGGAGGUUUCCAACAAUUAGUAAAAGUAAAACCCAGCGACAGUGUACCGGAUUUGAAAAAAUAUCCUUUUAAAUUUUAAGAGAAAUAAGACUGUUAGGUUAUACAUGUAUAGAAAUAAAAAGUAUACAUUCCUAGGUG